AUGGAGACAAGUAUCUUGGCUAUAUCGGCAAGCUGUAUGUCCUAUAAGGCUAUUAUUAGCAAGGUGCUAAAUAGCAAGGAAAGUCUGCGCAUUAAGUUCAUCCCAUCUGUUGUGGGCUCUAUGGCAAAGAAGCCUGCGGUCCAUCUGACUCUCGCGAGCAGCUCAGCCAAGGUUGGCUUGUCUCUCGGCGAUGCAUCCUCUCAAGAGCUUUGGUUUGAUAUUGAGCUUUCCCAGUCUUGCAAGGCUUGCUAUUUCCAGUGCAUCAGAGCGGAACACACCCAGCUGACGCCUGCGAUCGUGGUUUGCCCGACGGUUCCUGACAUCCCUACUGAAAAUUGCUAA